AUGUUUGCUGUUCCAAAGCCACCACUAAUGGGUCAACACCCCGAAGAUAGACUUACUCCUUAUGUAAGGACAUUCUCAUAUACCCGCAUAGACUAUAUUGGCCCAUUUUUAGUUUCAAUAGGUCGUCGUCGUGAAAAGCGAUGGGUAUCUUCAUUUACAUGUCUAACAACCCGGGCAAUUCAUCUUGAAAUUGCAAAAGAUUUGUCAACCGAUGCAGUGAUAUUGUGCAUACGAAAUUUUGUCAACCGAAGAGGCUUGCCUGUGCGUAUAAGAAGUGAUAGGGGCACAAACUUUGUGGGUGCAAGCAAGGAGAAGUUUAUUUUCGAUGAUGCAAAAAUAAUAGAUGAGUGUUCACAGCGUGGUAUAGAAUGGCUGUUUAACACCCCAGCAAAUCCAUCAGCUGGCGGAGCAUGGGAGCGAAUGGUCCGUUCGGUUAAAAAUGUAUUGGCUUUCACAUUAAAGGAAAAAGCUCCUCAAGUUGAGACCUUCCACAGUUUAUUAAUAGAGGCGGAAAAUUUAAUAAAUUCGCGACCAUUGACGCAUAUUCCCAUAGAGAACACGGAAGCUGAACCUUUGACACGCAAUCAUUUUUUGAUUGGAUGCCCGAAUAUAGUACAAACGCCUGCUGUACUAGAAAAAACUUGCCUGAGAAAACAAUGUCAUAUACUCCAGAAGUUAAAACAAACUUUUUGGAAAAGAUGGAUACAAGAGUAUCUGCCAGAGUUAACUCGCCGAACAAAGUGGCACCAGCCAGUUAAGCCUAUCCAGACCGGUGAUAUGGUUAUAAUAUGUGAUGAUAAUGAAAUCCGUGGGCAAUGGAAAAGAGGUGUGGUAGAGGAGGUGUUCCUGGCAGCAGAUGGGCAGGUUCGUUCGGCGGUGGUAAGAACAACAAUUGGCAAAUUAAGACGUCCGGCAUCGAAAUUGGCAGUACUUGAUGUUAGAAGUGAGUGUCCCUGGUCGACACACGGCGGCCGGGAUGUUAUGAAUUGA